CAGUCAUUAGUUCAGUCCUCCCCAAAAAUUCAUACACUUCAAUCGAAUAGGGCAUCAGAUCUUAAGAGGGAUUUUACUUCAAAUAAUUUCCUCUAUUCAAGAAUUUGGAGUAUGCUUUUUAGGUGUAUAUACUUCAAACUUUUUUCCAUGGAAGAACAAGAAAGCCAGUUCAUAGCUGGUAGUAAAUUCAGCCAGAGGGACACCUUUAGAGAAUCCUGAUCUCUGAUACGGCCGUCCUGAUUUGCUCCAGUUAAGACUUAGUUUGCGUUCCUUGCUCUGUGUUCACGUCACCUCCAUUCACGCCAUUCUCCAGUCCUCAUAAAAAAAGGGGGGGAAAUGGUUGGAUUUGGGCCUGCAGAUGUUCCUCCAACAGCAGCGGUGAAGUUUGUCGGUGCUGGGACUGCGGCCUGCAUUGCUGACCUGUUCACCUUCCCCUUGGACACAGCCAAAGUGCGGCUGCAGAUCCAGGGGGAGGCUGGAGGGUCUGCAGCCACAGGUAACAGCCCUUUAGUGAGGUACCAGGGAGUUUUUGGCACCAUCACCACCAUGGUGCGCACAGAGGGUCCGAGGAGCCUUUACAAUGGACUCGUGGCGGGACUCCAGAGACAGAUGACCUUCGCCUCUAUCCGUAUCGGUCUCUAUGACUCUGUCAAACAGUUCUACACUAAAGGCUCUGAUCACGUGGGCAUAGGCAGUCGGCUGCUAGCAGGUUGUACCACUGGUGCCAUGGCAGUUGCUUUCGCACAACCCACAGAUGUAGUUAAAGUCCGCUUCCAGGCGCAGGCAAGGUCUACUGGGGUUGUCAGACGCUACCAUAGUACCGUCGACGCUUACAAGACCAUUGCUAAAGAAGAGGGCAUUCAUGGCCUUUGGAAAGGUACAGCUCCAAACAUUGCACGUAAUGCAAUUGUUAACUGCACGGAACUGGUGACGUAUGACUUCAUCAAAGAUGCACUUCUUAAAUCCACCCCCAUGACAGACAAUCUGCCCUGCCACUUCGUAUCAGCUUUUGGAGCAGGCUUAUGCACAACUGUGAUUGCCUCUCCGGUUGAUGUGGUCAAGACCAGAUAUAUGAACUCUUCUCUUGGCCAGUAUAACAAUGUCCUCAAUUGCACCGUUGCCAUGUUGACCAAAGAGGGACCCCUCGCCUUUUACAAGGGGUUCAUGCCAUCUUUCUUACGUCUGGGCUCCUGGAACGUUGUGAUGUUUGUCACUUAUGAGCAGAUGAAACGGGCCAUGAUGGCAGCGCAUCAAAAUUGGGAAACUACGCUUCAAUAACAGCAGUUCUUUACUUGCUGAAGGGCGAUGCGAUAUUACAGCUGUGUUGCUAAAUAAUUUUUUUUCCUUUUUCCUUUUGAAUGAAUGAAUACCUUUACUUGUCAUUGCACAGCUGUACAAUGAAAUUAAGUAUAACUCCCCAGUGGUACAAAAUAAAAAAUAAAAUACAUACAAAUAGUCAAAAUACAAACAGGCACACAUUUGCAGCACAAUCAACGGUCUUAUAGUUCCUGUUUCACUUUCAUAUUUUACCAUUCAUUUGACUUCAGUUGUAACAAAUGUUUUGUUGUACAUUAUGGCAAUGAUGACAUAUAUGUAACUUCAUGACAUUUUAAAUAAUAAAAAACAACA